AUGGCUGCUCAAAUGAAGGCUGCGCAGAUUGUCGAGUUCGAUAAGCCGUACCAGCUCUGCGAGACGCCAAAACCAAUAUGUGGCGAGAAUGACCUCCUUGUGCAGGUGUAUGCUGCUGGCUUCUGUCAUUCAGACCUACAGGUUUUGCAGGGGCAGUUUCCAGCAAGCCUGCCUAUGAUCCCCUCCCAUGAACCGGCUGGCAAAAUCGUGCAAGUUGGCGCGCAAGUACAGGGCAGCUGGAAUGUCGGCGACCGCGUUGGCGUUCUGAACUUCAAGAAUGCAUGUCGGCAGUGUGCAACCGCGUGGGGUGCACUAGGAAAAUUAAGGCGAGAGGUCAAGAGUGGUGAGGCCAUCGCUAUCGUCGGUAUCGGGGGUGUCGGACACCUUGCAGUUCAAUUUGCCAAAGCCAUGGGCUUCCGUACCGUAGCCAUCGAUAACAGGGAAGAAGGUCGACACUUGGCUUUAGAGGUGGCGGAGCAUCUGAAGCCUGAUCUUGUUAUUGACUCCACAGCGAGCGACGCAGACGACCAGAUACUCGAUUUUACUUUGGGAGAAGGACUUGGUGGCGUCGUGGUUUGUACUGACUCAAUUGCGGCAAACGCAUGGAGUUUGCAGCAGCUGGGUAACAAAGGUGUCAUGGUACCACUGGGUCUACCUAAGGACAAAUGGCAGUUCGACUCCGAGGCCAUGGUAUUCAGAGAGCUUGUUAUUAAAGGCAGCUACGUCUCAAGCGCGGAAGAAGCAGAGCUCAUGUUCAAGGUCGUGGCUGAGAACAGGAUUGCUUCUCAUUUGACAAUCUUGGGGUUUGACCAGAUCCCCAGCCUGGUUGAUAAGUAUCUGCACAAGUCGAUGAAAGGUCGGCUGGUGAUACAGAUAGCACAAUAG